UCUACAGCUCGGCGGCGGGAGCUUGUGUCUGCGCGGACCUGGAAGGCGGCGGCCGCUCGGCUAGCCUUCACGAGCUUGGGAUCUGCAGAGCGCCGCAGCCGCUCGCUCGCCCGCCGGUGCCGGUCCCUGUCGCGCGGCCAGGGCACUGCCCUAGUUGCUCUCUUCACCAUGAUUCCCUGCAGAGCAGUGCUGACUUUUGCGAGAUGUCUGAUCCGGAGAAAAAUUGUCACCCUGGACAGUCUUGAAGAUUCCAAACUCUGCCGGUGCUUAUCCACAAUGGACCUCAUCGCCCUGGGCGUCGGAAGCACCCUGGGCGCUGGGGUUUACGUCCUGGCUGGGGAAGUUGCCAAAGCCGAUUCUGGCCCGAGUAUUGUGGUGUCUUUCCUCAUCGCUGCCCUGGCCUCGGUGAUGGCCGGCCUUUGCUAUGCUGAGUUUGGGGCCCGAGUACCAAAGACUGGAUCUGCCUAUCUAUACACAUAUGUCACGGUCGGAGAGCUGUGGGCCUUCAUCACUGGCUGGAAUCUCAUCCUGUCCUAUGUCAUAGGUACAUCCAGUGUUGCAAGAGCGUGGAGUGGCACCUUCGACGAACUUCUUAACAAACAGAUCGGCCAGUUUUUCAAGACAUACUUCAGAAUGAAUUACACUGGUCUAGCGGAGUAUCCAGACUUCUUUGCUGUGUGCCUUGUAUUACUUCUGGCAGGCCUUUUAUCUUUUGGAGUAAAAGAGUCUGCUUGGGUGAAUAAAUUUUUUACAGCUAUUAAUAUCCUGGUCCUUCUCUUCGUCAUGGUGGCUGGGUUUGUGAAAGGAAAUGUGGCUAACUGGAAGAUCAGUGAAGAGUUUCUCAAAAACAUAUCAGCAAGUGCCAGAGAACCACCAUCUGAAAAUGGAACCAGCAUCUACGGGGCUGGUGGCUUUAUGCCCUAUGGCUUUACAGGGACGUUGGCUGGUGCCGCAACAUGCUUUUAUGCCUUUGUGGGCUUUGACUGCAUUGCAACAACAGGUGAAGAGGUCCGAAAUCCCCAAAAGGCUAUUCCCAUUGGAAUAGUAACGUCCCUGCUUGUUUGCUUUAUGGCCUAUUUUGGGGUUUCUGCAGCUCUGACACUCAUGAUGCCUUACUACCUCCUGGAUGAGAAAAGUCCACUCCCUGUUGCAUUUGAAUAUGUCGGAUGGGGUCCUGCCAAAUACGUUGUCGCGGCAGGCUCCCUCUGCGCCUUAUCAACAAGGUACAUUUCUUCUUGGAUCCAUUUUCCCAAUGCCUCGUGUAAUCUAUGCUAUGGCGGAGGAUGGGUUGCUUUUCAAAUGUCUAGCUCAAAUCAAUUCCAAAACGAAGACACCAAUAAUUGCUACUUUGUCAUCGGGUGCAGUGGCAGUCUUCUGGGUUCUAUGUUCCCCUUACCCCGCAUUCUGUUUGCCAUGGCCCGGGAUGGCUUACUGUUUAGAUUUCUUGCAAGAGUGAGUAAGAGGCAGUCACCCAUUGCUGCCACGAUGACUGCAGGGGUCAUUUCUGCUGUGAUGGCCUUUCUUUUUGACCUGAAGGCUCUCGUGGACAUGAUGUCCAUCGGCACCCUCAUGGCCUACUCCCUGGUGGCGGCCUGUGUGCUUAUACUCAGGUACCAACCUGGCUUGUGUUAUGAGCAGCCCAAAUACACCCCUGAGAAAGAAAUUCUGGAAUCAUGUACCAAUGAGACUUCGAAGAGCGAGUCCCAGGUCACCAUGCUACAAGGACAGGGUUUCAGCCUACGAACACUCUUCAACCCCUCUGCCCUGCCCACACGGCAGUCGGCUUCCCUCGUGAGCUUUCUGGUGGGAUUCCUGGCUUUCCUCAUCUUGGGCUUGAGUAUUCUAACCACAUACGGAGUCCAGGCCAUUGCCAGCCUGGAAGCCUGGAGCCUGGCUCUUCUCGCCCUGUUCCUUGUCCUCUGCACUGCCAUCAUUCUGACCAUUUGGAGACAGCCACAGAAUCAGCAAAAAGUAGCCUUCAUGGUCCCAUUCUUACCGUUUCUGCCGGCUUUCAGCAUCCUGGUCAACAUUUACUUGAUGGUCCAGUUAAGUGCAGACACUUGGGUCAGAUUCAGCAUCUGGAUGGUGCUUGGCUUUCUGAUUUACUUCGCCUAUGGCAUUAGACACAGCUUGGAGGGUAAUCCCAGGGAUGAAGAUGAUGAUGAAGAUGUCUAUUCAGACAGCAUCAAUGCGGCGACAGAAGAAAAAUCCGCCAUGCAAGCAAAUGACCGUCACCAAAGGAGCCUCAGCCUACCUUUCAUACUUCAUGAGAAGACCAGUGAAUGUUGAUGCUGGGCCCCCACGAUCUUACCACACACACCCUAACAAUGAGUAUGCCAUGACAGGAUGCCACCACCAUCGUGCUGGCUUGUCAUGGGUCUGCUGCUGACAUCGCUCGCCUAAAUUAUACUUCCUCCUCCAGACAGCUUCUCUUCAGAUGGUGGAUUGUGUGUCUGGGGAGACUGCCUGAGAGCACUCCUCAGUGAUGAGUAUCCCCAAAACAGUGUGUCCAUGUGCGUACAUGUGUGUUUGGGAAUGUGAGUGUUCAAUAUCAGCUAUUGCUCUGUGACAUAAUUCCAGCGUGGUAAUUGGUGGCAUAUACUGCACACACUAGUAAACAGUAUAUCGCUGACUAGAGAUGUAUUCUGUACAUGUCCUAUGUACACAGUUGGGGAAACAAUGGUGGUUUUCUUUAUUAGGUAUAUGACCGUCAAUUUGGACAUACUGAAAGUGCCACCACGUGUCACGAUGUUUAACAGUGGUCAGGGGUGGGGAAGGAUAAGGAAUGGGCCCUCUCUAUCAAUUGUAAUGCAUAUAUUCUCCUACUUGCUAAGACAGUUUUCUCAAAUAGCCAGAGAGAGCAUUUGUUUCCUCUGUAGGACAAGAUGAAGUCUGUGACAUGAGAUAGCCAACCCUGGUUUUGAGAGCCUUGGUCCUUAAAUAUAACCCCUCCACCGGCUGUAAAUGAUAUACCCCCUCAAGUCCAUGAAGGUCUCAGGAAAGGUACCCUGGCCUACUUGGGACCCUUCAAGCCAGAGAAUGAAAGUAGUCCCAGUGGCCUCCAAAGAUCAUAGACUUACGCAGAUGCUUGGAUAGGUGUCCUGUUUUUAAAAGAGACUGGUGGCAGAUGGGGCCUCAUGUCACACAUUUGGUAGAAUGGUUCAGGCUGUUUCCCAUUACGUGAUACCCAAUCACAGCCCAAUGUCUGCUUCUUCAUCAAAUGCAGAACUCAGUCUUUGGCUUCCCAUAUUUCCUCUGAUUUAAAUGGAAAUGAAUGUGGUAGCAAAUUCUAUUUUUGCAGUGUACAAAAAAGAAACAGAUGAAGGGGUAUAGGAAAAUACCCUUAGUCCAAUAUCACAGGGCAUUUGAGCCCAGUUUAAGGAUUUUUAGACAUAAUUUACCUCUGAUAGUUCUUUCAGAAAUGUUUAAAGAUUUCCCCACCUCCCACCCCA